ACUACCACUAGUACUCUACUCGGUGCUAGUUUGGUGUAGGUUGCUUCACGUGUUAAACGCCCGCACGCCAUGAUCCAGCUACACUUUCUCCACUGCUGAAAGCAUUGAGGCCCCCGGUCAGGCCGCCGACGCAUUUGGUUGUCCCCGCCGGCGGGGGUUUUCAGCCCUACCCCCCUCACUUCCCUGGGCGUCAAAUCCACACCUCCCGACGUCGGGAGCACGUCCUCCGCCUCCCUCCGGCGCGAGCACGUCCUCUCCUUCCUGCAACCUCCCUCGUGAGCAGCGGCGGGCUCAGCCUCAUGACGCUCGCAUCUUCUUCUCUCUCGCACCAGUAGCGACGCCUCGGGUGGUCAUCUCCAUCCUGCGACCUCCACCUCCCUCCGGAUCUGCUCCUCUUCCGGCCUUUCCCGAGCAGAUCCGGUGGCUUCUCUCCAAUGUUCAUUCCUCAGACUAUCUCACUGGGAUUAUGGAUUAUGGUUAUCCAAUUCUACAAAAAAACGGUGAAGUUCUCAUGUCAGUUGUUCACUUGUUCUGGUGGUGAUAGAAUUAUGACAGGAUCAGGACACUGGUAGUCCACUAUGGAGGCGCCUUCGUCAUCCCCUACUCUGCAAGAUCAUCUCUCCCGGCCAACUGGCCCCUUGCAUCUCAAAGUAUGGGAGGUUGUAUGCAUUGCCUUGGGAGUGUUCAUGGCGGUCAUCUUCUUUUUAACUGUCUGGCUCACUAUGCGGAGUAGGAAGAGGACCAGACGAGCAUCUGCAAAUAUCCCAGUCACCCAAAUCCCUGCCAUAUCCAAGGAAAUCAAGGAAGUGAGGGUGGAGCAAGUCCCUGCAACUGACUUUGGGGCGCAUGACGGAGUCCUGCUAACGAUCCAAGACAAGCCUGGUGACCGGGAAUCAGACAAGGUCAUGGUCCAUUUGGGUGUAAGCAAAUCGAGACGUGGGGAUGAGAGCCACUCAGGGUCAUUCCGUUACAUGGACAAGGAUGCAGGCUUUCAAUCAGCUGAAGAAGGAGGGUCGGGAACUUUUCGUCAAGCUUCAACUCAUGGAAUAACCGCCCCUUCACCUUUGGUUGGCUUGCCAGAGUUCUCCUACCUUGGCUGGGGUCAUUGGUUUACUUUGAGGGAUUUGGAACUUGCCACUAACCGUUUUUCCAAGGAUAACAUUAUUGGUGAGGGUGGAUAUGGUGUAGUUUAUCGUGGUGAGAUCGUCAAUGGCACUCCUGUUGCUGUCAAAAAGCUUCUCAAUAACCUAGGGCAAGCUGAGAAGGAAUUCAGAGUAGAAGUUGAGGCUAUUGGUCAUGUUCGCCACAAGAACUUAGUCCGUCUUCUUGGUUACUGUGUGGAGGGUACUCAGAGGAUACUUGUCUAUGAAUAUGUGAACAAUGGAAACCUAGAGCAAUGGCUUCAUGGAGCUAUGAGUCACCGGGGCUCCCUUACAUGGGAGGCCCGCAUAAAGAUUCUUCUAGGGACAGCUAAAGCGCUUGCUUACUUGCAUGAGGCAAUUGAACCGAAAGUCGUGCACCGUGAUAUCAAAUCCAGCAAUAUUUUGAUUGAUGAUGAUUUUGACGCUAAAGUAUCAGAUUUUGGUUUAGCCAAGCUUCUUGGUGCCGGCAAGAGUCAUGUAACUACUCGGGUUAUGGGAACCUUUGGCUAUGUGGCACCAGAAUAUGCGAACACUGGACUGUUGAAUGAGAAAAGUGACAUUUACAGCUUUGGAGUUGUUAUUCUAGAGGCAAUUACAGGGAGGGAUCCUGUUGACUAUGGUCGCCCGGCAAAUGAGGUAAAUCUGGUUGACUGGUUAAAAAUGAUGGUUGCUAGCAGGCGUUCAGAGGAGGUGGUGGAUCCCACCAUAGAGACACGGCCUUCGACAAGGGUUCUCAAGCGUGCACUUCUAACAGCUUUGAGGUGCGUGGAUCCGGAUUCAGAAAAGAGACCGAAGAUGGGUCAAGUUGUGCGGAUGCUGGAGUCAGAUGACCCAAUUCCUCGUGUGGACAGGAGAUCGAGGCAUAACCGCGGGGGGAGCACCGAAAUGGACUCCCAACGGGAGAACUCCGACACGGACAAGAGUGACAACCCAGAUUCCAAACCGAGCAGGAGCAGAGCAUCAUCUUCCAAAUGAGCACACAAGCACUCACAUUUCUCCAACAAGCUAGUAACGAUGGAAGCUUUGACCACAAAAGGGCUGAUGAAAAACGUGACGGUUGUAACAUUUUUAUGUAUGAUUUAUUUGUAGAGGCUAUUCGUUUUCUACUACCUAACAAUUUAUUUGUACCUACACCAGUUGUUGACGAUGAUGUGCUGCUGUAAGUUGUUAACAGUGCCGUGUACAGUUGUAGGCUCAUGAGUACUGGCACAAGAGAGUGUCUUGUGUGAAUUUAAUGGAAAGUUGUUGUCCGUCCUCUUCUCAAA